AUGGAGGCCACUUGGAGCUAUGUUUUCAACACCCAUGUCAAGACCCCCUCUAGUGAGAGCCCAGUUUUGCUGACUGAGUUCCCCUUGACCACCCAGUCGGACAGGGAAAGGACCUGCAGGAUGAUGUUCGAGGGGCUGGGCGUCCCUGCAUUGUACCUGGCCCCUCAGUCGCUCCUGGCCCUGCUGUCUUCAGGCAGGGUGACCGGCUGUGUGGUGGACUGUGGCUACGACGUCACCCACACUGUCCCAGUGUUCGAGGGCCACUGCCUCCCCCACGCUGUGCGUCAGCUGGGCCUUGGAGGGCAGGAUGUCACGGCCCGCCUAGCUCUGCUGCUGAAGGAGUCCGGAGCUCAGUUCUCCAGCGCCACACAGGAACAUGACACUGUGACAAACAUCAAGGAGCAGAUGUGUUAUGUAUCCACUGACCCCUCCUCAGAGACAGCCACAACCAUCAUCGACAGCGCAGAUGCGGACUACCAGCUCCCCGACGGACAUAUGCUGAGGAUCGGCAGUGAGAGGUUCGAGGCGCCCGAGAUCCUCUUCUCUCCUCAGACUGUCCACAUGGUGACACAUGGCAUCCCAAGCCUUCUUGUGAGCUCUGUGUUGGAGAGCGAUGCAGACCUGCGGCAGCUGCUCCUAGACAACGCCGUCCUGGCAGGGGGCUCCAGCCUCCUUCCCGGGAUGGGCCACAGACUGAGGGAGGAGGCCUCGGCUCUGGCCCCGCCAGGGGACCGCGUGGGGCCAGUCCCUGUGAUGGAUACUGCCUGGCUGGGGGGCUCCCUCAUGUCCUCUCUCUCCAUCUUUGGAGACAUGUGCAUCAGUGCCUUGGAGUACCAGGAGAUGGGGUCCAACGUGGUCCAUCACAAGUGCUUCUGA